UCCACUAACCCCACUAAAACCCUGGUCCGGCCGUCUUCCUUUAGCAAUCCAUUCUCAGUUCUCACAGCCAAAACCCUAAUCUUGGACCCAACAACAGAAUCAGAAAGAAGAAGAAGAUGAGACAUCCGUGGAGGUUUCUUCUCUUCCGAACCUACUCACGAUCUCCUCUCCGAGUUCCCACCAUGUCCCAGGUACUCCCUCCUUCCAUUUCUCCUCCUCCUCGUAUUCACUCGUUCCACAACAUUUCUUCACAUUCCCAUUUCAAAAACCCCUUCAACAUGAUGAAAGAAUUAUCCAUGUUAAAUUACAAAAGCACCCUCAUCAAUCAUUAUAGUUUCUCAUCCGAGGCAGCCGUUGAACAGAAAGACCCAGAUCAUGUUUUGGUAACUGUGACUGAUAUUUUUACUAGAUUUAAUGAUGGGAAUGAUAUAAAGAAAGAAUUGGAGUUAAAUGAUGUUGGUUUUAGCCAUGAACUGAUUUUGAAAGUGUUAAGGGAUGUUGAGUCUCGUCCUGACGUGGCAAGAAGGUUUUUUUAUUGGGUUUCGGAGAAUGAUGGGGAGAGAUUAAGCUCCAAGUCGUAUAAUCGGAUGUUAUGUAUUUUGGGUGUCAAUGGGUUGGUUGAGGAGUUUUGGGGUUUGGUUGAUGUCAUGAAGAAGAAAGGGUAUGGUAUCUCUGGUAGCGUACGCGACAAAGUUGCAGUUAAGUUUGAGAAAGAAGGGUUGGAGAGCGAUUUGGAGAGAUUGAGAGGGGUUUUUGCGUCGGGAUCAGUGGAUAAUUCGAUGGGAAAGGUUUGUUCGAGGGUGUGUAAGAUUAUUAGGAGCCAGCUGUGGGGGGACGAUGUUGAGAAGAGGUUGCGUGAUCUGAAUGCUACAUUUUCGAAUGAUUUAGUGAAAAUGGUAUUGGAGAAUCUUGCUUCGGAGCCAGCAAAAGCUUUGAUAUUUUUCCGGUGGAUUGAGGAGUGUGGUUUGUUAAGGCUUGAUGAGCACAGUUAUAAUGCUAUGGCGAGGGCUUUGGGGAGGGAAGAUUGCAUUGAUAGGUUUUGGAAGGUUGUUGAUGAAAUGAAAAGUUUUGGGUAUGAAAUGGAAAUGGAGACUUAUGUCAAGGUUUUGUUUCGUUUUUGUAAGAGGAAGAUGAUUAAGGAAGCUGUAGACUUGUAUGAGUCUGCAAUGGCUGGUUCCAAUAAGCCUUCUGUGAGUUGUUGUACCUUUCUGCUGAGGAAAUUAGCAGUGAGUAAACAGUUAGACUUGGGUCUGUUUUCAAGAGUUGUGAGGAUUUUUACGGAGAGUGGGAAUGCCUUGACAGAUUCUAUGGUUGAUACGGUUCUCAGAUCUUUGACAAGUGUUGGUAGACUUGGAGAAUGCAACAAGGUUCUAAAAGUAAUGGAAGAAGGUGGGUUUGUAGCUGGUGGUAAUUUGCAGAGUAAAAUUACCUUUAGACUUGCUAGCACUGGUAAAAAAGAUGAAACUGCUGAGUUUAUAGAUCAUGUUGCAGCAUCAAAUACUAAUUUAGAUCACAAGGCAUGGGUGUCUUUAAUUGAAGGGUGUUGCGCUGGUGGAGAUCUUGAAGCAGCGUCAGCUUAUUUCGAAAAAAUGAUUGAAAAAGAAGGGGUCUCUCAUGCUGGCUACGCGUUUGAAUGGUUGGUAUAUUCUUAUUGCAGUGGGAAAAGAGCGACAGAUGCAUGCCAGCUUCUACAUAAGUACGUUAGUAAGAAUCAGUUAAGGCCACGGCAUGCUACCUACAAGGAAUUGAUAAGGAAGUUAUUGGCUCAAGGUGGAUUUAAAGAUGCUUUGAAUCUCUUGAGUUUGAUGAAAGAUCAUGGUUACCCACCCUUUGUGGAUCCAUUCAUUGAGUAUGUAUCGAAGUCUGGAAGUAGUGAUGACGCUAUAGCCUUUCUCAAGUCUAUGACAUCAAAAAAGUUUCCAUCUACGUCAGUGAUUCUCCGUGUUUUUGAAGCCUUUUUAAAAGGUGCAAGGCAAAAUGAAGCGCAAGAUUUAUUGUCAAAAUGCCCAGGUUACGUUCGUAACAAUGCAGAUGUUUUGAAUCUCUUUUGUUCUUUGAAAUCUGGCCAAGUUGAUACUGCACCUCCUGUGGUUGCUUAGGCUUCAUUGGCUGUAAUUCACAUUGAUGUACUAUGGCAUAUUUUCCAAAAGUUUGGCAUGAAAUGUUCUAAAUCAAUCAUUCAAAUCUGUUGCCCUCUGGCAAAUAAAAACCAAGAUAUUCAAGGGUUUUAUGAUUUUUUUUUUCCCUAUUAGUGCUUUUCUAUUGCAUAUGGUAGUCAAUUUUAGGUCAAAGACUUCAGUCUAGAGAGGGUUUCCUCAAAUUUGGAUCGGACUGAUACUUCAUAUCAGUAAUUCAUGAAUCAGGUCAUAUUAAUAAUUUAUUUACUUGGUUGAGCAAAUCCAAUGAUUUGAGCUUUAAAAUUUUUUCAAGCCCGACUCUAAUUGUAAAGUUGUUGCAUCUAUGGAGUAGCACAAAGAAAGAAGAUAACUUGCCAAUCCAGAUAUCAUACCAAACACAAAAAGAAAUCAAAGUCCCCCAGGGUUUUUUUUUAUAUAUUCCCUGCAGAGCCGUCGCGGUUGACCGUGCACUAGAAUUUUGUAUUCUUUCAAUUUCCCCCUUCGUCAAAACUUUUGAAAAUAUUUCAAUAAGCCCCUUCAAUUUUUAUAUCCCCGCGCCUCCCCUCAAAAAAGAAAAAUAAAACCCUCAAAAUUUGGCAGACCACCGCGUUGGAUCGACGCUCAAAAACAAAACCACAAAGCGCCCUUCGUACCACAUAAAUACAUUUUUGUCAAACAGAUAUCUUUCCCCUUUAUCUCUUUCUAGAUUUUGAAUCCAGAUCCACCGCCAUCCCCCAAAAUAAACCAAAAAAAAAAAAAAACCCCCUCUUUUCCUUUCUCAUCCAACCA